UCACGUUGUAAAUUUGAAAUAAAGUUUGGGAAGCAUUUGCGCAAUUUUCUAUUAAGCCAGGGAGACCAGAUUCACGGACAGAAGGCAAAAGAAGAGAAGAGAAGAGAAGGGAAGAGCUUUCGUGCAAGACAGGCAUAGGAAAAAACAGAGAGAGGGAGAGAGAGAGAAGUCCAUGCAGGAAGACAGAGUCUCCCCUGGCCUUCGGCAACCCGCACGAGUAGCGACCCCUCCGUGUCCAUCGCCUCCCGUUUCUUGCUCAUAUUUAGGAAACCCUCCAUCCAUCCAUCCAUCCAUCCAUCCAUCCAGCGCACGCAAGCUAUGAUGAAGGGAGAAAAAACAGACGGAGGGAGCCGCCGGGGCGCCGCCUCCCCCCACCUCUGCCCCCCGCCGGAGGCCGCCGGCGCCUGCACGCCCCUCUCGGGGAUCGCGGAGGCGUUCGAGGAGAUGGCCGGCCUCCUCCUGCGGCCGCCCGACGAUGGCCGGAGCGUGGAGCUCCGCUUGGACAAGUUCUGCGACGCCUGCUCCCUGGUCUCUGUUCUCUUCGGUUGCCUCGGCCUCGCCUUCAAGUUCGCCGAGAUGGAGUACGUCGCUAAGGUACGUGAUCUUGUGGAGGCAUCAAAGACACAUCGCACAUUACAAAACAUACUGGAUCUUGACGUUGCAAAUGAUUCAGUGAGAACUCCAGGAAGUCAUACCCGUAAUCUACGUCGAGUUAGGCAGGGUCUUGAUCUCAUCAGAGCUCUAUUUGAGCAGUUUUUGUCUUCUGACGAUUACUCACUAAAGGAUGCGGCUACCACAGCCUAUACACAAGUUUGUGCGCCAUUCCACACUUGGGCAAUCAGGACAGCUGUUUACGCUGGAAUGUAUGCUCUUCCAUACAGGGAUCAACUUUUGCUAAAGCUCAAUGAAACUGAUAAGACGGCCGAGAAGAAGAUGAGAAGGUAUAUCAAGGCCUCAAUCCCAGUUAUACAGUACAUCGAUAAGUUAUACAUAUCCAGGAAUAUUAGCUUGGAUUGGUGAACUGAUAUGCCUCGCUUCAUUCAUGGCGAUAGCUUUGACCGAUCUCUCUUUGUACAGAACAAUACUUUUCAGACAAUUUUGGUGUCUACGA